CACCCAUACCAAUCAUCAUCCUCUCACCUUCUUUUUCUUCACAGUUCACAGACUUCACGCUUCAAAGUUCACACACACCCUCUCUGCUGUCUUUCCCCCAUCAUGUAAAUUUUUUAUAUUUCCCAUGGAAAUCAUGCCUUCCCCCGUGACCGAUUUAAGCUCUGUAACACUCCAGAUCUCCAGAAGAAUAUAGAAAUCAUUCUACCACCUCUCACUUUUCUUCAUACCUAUUCUGGUUGUAGUGGCAUCGCCGGCUGCCGUGAAACGGUACGAUGACCAGGAACUGUGGUGUUGAGAGCCCGUCUCCACGACCGCGGAUCCACCAGACUCAUCCACACGAUACCCCUCACUUCCACUCCACUCUCUCCGAACGCAAGCUCCGCCGUUUCAAUACCUUGAUUUUCGUCUUCCGUUUAGCCGCCUUUUCUUCUGCGCUCUCCGCCGCCGUAUUCAUGCUCGCCACCAAGUCCGCCUCCCCUCACUGGAACGACUUCGGAGCCUUCCGAUUCGUUGUAGCAGCAAAUGCAAUAGUCGCUUUAUAUUCAUUAUUCGAAAUGAUUGCUUCUGCUUGGGAGAUUUCUCGAGGUUCUACCAUUUUCCCCGAAUUCUGCCAAGUCUGGUUCGACUUCAGCCAUGAUCAGGUUUUUGCGUACAUGUUGCUGUCGGCGGAUGCGGCGGGGACGGAAAUGGCGAGACAGCUGAGGAGGGUUGCCACGUGUACGGCCAACAACGCGUUUUGCAUCCAAUCGGACAUCGCCGUGGGGUUGGGAUUCGCCGCAUUUUUGUUUCUGAUGAUCUCGUCGUUGCUAUCGGGAUUUAGACGAUACCUUGCCACCGCCAUUGAAGAGAAAGAACUUCCGAGUUUCUAG